AUGCCAACACAACAUAGAUGUGAUUCAACUUGUUCAUAUGCAUGUCAACGAUACGAAAAUCUUAGGACUAUUCCUGAUAAUUCGUCUAUUUCAUUAGCUUGCUAUUGUGUUUUUGGUCAGUGUAUGUCUCAUUUAUCUACGCCAUGGGCAAUGGGACUUGAUUCGUCUAUCCAUGUGUGUUCUGAAGAGUUAAAUCAAUCUUACUUUGCCGAACCUUAUGCUAAAAUAAAUAAAGACGAAUGCCGAUCUUAUCUCGUUGAAUGCAUUGUUAAUGAAUGUUUUGGUAUAAAAAAGCUGGCUCUGGUUGUAAAAAAUAAUUGGAAUGAAGAACAAUUACAAUCAUAUAUUGAACAACAAUAUCGAGAUAAUCAAGUUAAUUGA